CACCGUGAUUGCACCAGUUGUGCAAGCAAGGCCAACUACAUGCCCUGCAUAGACCUAUCAAAUUAUGAUACGACAGCGCACUUUACAUUCAAGCUGACCUUCUUAACAUUUCCUCAGACAUGGAACUGAGCAGGUAGCAUGUCUCUGAGAGACGAUUCUAGAACAUAACCAAAUGCCAUGUAAAGGGGACCACGAGAGGGAGGGCGACGAUCCUACAGCAGGAAAGCGGGCAACGCUCAAAGAGAAUGCCAAGAAGUUCAUAAUCCGAACAGCAGGAGUUUCUCUCACUUUAUUGUCAGCAUUAGCGGGUGCUAUCGCGGGAGUGUUCUUCAAACUAACAGGUGAAAUGGAUUCAUUCGAAAUACUAGUAUUUCGUGGCCUCGCGACAUUUGUUUUAGCUGUGACGUGCUCGCUUUACAAGAGGAAAACAGUGCUAUUAGUAAAGAAUCGCCAUCUUUGGUUCGCUGCGACAGGAAAUGCGCUCAGUAACGCCCUCUUCUACUUGUCUGCGUCGCAUAUGAACUAUGGGGACACAAGCGCAAUCUUUCUUCUUUGUCCGAUUCUGGUAGGCAUUAUCGGUCAUUUUUAUCUCAAGGAACUCUACACUAAGGUGGACGCUGUAAUCACUGUUGUGAUAAUUUUCGGCGUACUGCUGGUUAUCCAGCCGGACUUUCUCGUCAGGCUUUUAUAUCCGAAUAACGAUGACAACUUCAAAGACGUCACCAACAGGAACAUAACAAACGCCACCAUUUUGAAAAAUAAUCCGAACACCUCUGAAGGAUUCAAUACGACGAUUUCCUUCAACGGAAUCGUCAAUGGAACUAAAAAUUCAACGGAAAGUGUGGGAAAUGACAAACAGCAAAGUCUGGUGAUUUCUCGCGAGAUUGCAGGAGUAAUAGCACUCGGUGCGGCUAUUUCUGUCUCCUGCAGCUUCAUUUUUGUCCGGCGCUGCGGGAAGGUCUUCUUUCCGACGGCGUUGGCACAAUAUAGUCUUACCAAUGCAGUUCUCUCGGCUAUCCCAGCCACCGCACUCGGGUUGUGGCAAUUCCCUCCAAGCCCCUUGCAAUGGAUUUAUCUCUCUUGCUACAUAUCAUCUGCCCUGCUUUCUCAGACGUUAUAUUUGGCGGCUUUUCGGAAAGCUCAUGCAGCUUUGGUGUCUACAGUCUUAGUUUCAAUUAUCCCGAUGACGUAUUGUUUACAACUCGUGGUUCUCGGACAUUACCCAACGGUGCUGCCCUCAGUGGGCGCAGUGAUAAUCACUUGUGGCGCGCUGGUGUUUAGUUUAUUGAGAUAUCGCCGCGAACGAAGAGAGACAGAAAAGCAAAAGAAGUUGGCUGCCGAGGAAAUGAACUGUGUUGAUUCGGUGGAACUUGUAGCCCUGACUGGUUCGCUGACCAGAACAAGGGUUAACAGACACGAUAGGGAGAAGGGAAGUGCUGACGACGGUCAUGACGGUGGCUGACAGAUACACACCCCACGCAGUUCUGUAGUCGUGUAAUGUACAUGUGUAUUUUAAAAAGAUA